AUGUACCGCCAAUCAGAGGCGAAGCCAGGCCAUAACACCCGCAAGUUGCCCCAUCGCAAGAGGGCACUUCGCAGAGCUAUCACUACGGCGCAGCAGUUUGGAGUAGCACCUUACCGAGGCUCAGUUUUCGAGGGUAGGCAUUUGCAAGUGCACAGGGCCGCUGGCCCAGCCACAUCCCGUGACGCAGGGGAAGACGCCACGACCGGCACGCCGGCACGGCCCUCCUGUACACAUAGGCUUGGCAGCUCAGGAAGUGCACGGCCUCACAUUGCCAAAACUUCUGCACAUGCUCCCUCCCCUAGACGUUGCAGCCUGCUUACGUGGAACGCUGGGGGACUGACCACCCUGGUGUGGGCAGAGCUCAAGGAGUGGCUUCGCACACACAGCAAUCGCGUAGACAUUGUCUGUAUCCAGGAGACCUUUUGGCGGGACGACCUGCAGUGGGAUGAUGACCAUUGGUGCUUUGUGCACCACAGCAGUGGUGCCCCCAAGGAGGCCGGUUUGCUGACUUGCAUCUCCAAGCGUCUAGCCACCCCGGAGGGCAUUAGGCAUAGCUCCAUCAUCGCAGGUAGAUUGCAGCACUUGCGGAUCACACCCAAAGCAGGACAUCAGCCUAUAGACCUUCUUCAUGCGUAUCAGUUCGCCUGGCAUCACCGAAAACAGGACAGCAAGACCGACUGGUGGCAGGAUGCCAUGCGCCGCAGGGCUCAGUUCUUGCAGAAGCUGUGUGGUUCUCUUAGGUCGCUCCCACGUCGCAACCUUUUGUGCCUCACAGGUGACCUGAACACCCAGCUCGCAUCAUGCAAAGGAGUAGUUGGCAGGGGCAUCCCUUGCACCCCUCCCCCGCAACAAGACGGUCAGGAGCUGCUUCACACGUUGUGCACAUUUGGGCUGGUUGCGACCAACACUUUUGGUCAGGCCCCGGGCGCAACGUUUGUCAAUCCAGCCACCAGUGCCCAAACACAGAUUGAUUGCAUCAUUUUGCGUGGGGCACAUGCUGACGGCACCAGCCUGGCCAGCGGACCGGUGCAGGAUUGGCCGGUGGCCAUGGGCCGAUUGGGCUCUCGACACAUACCGGUCCGAGGCUCUUUUCCUUUCACGUGGUGUCCCUGGGUUCACUCUCGUUCCAAGCAUUUGACUUUGAAGCCUUGGUCCGUUUGGGAAGCAGUUCGGAACAAUCCUGAACGACAGCAAGCCUUUCGUGAAAAGCUGAGGGCCACCCUACCCCAACAACCCACCAUUGCUGACAUUGAUCGAUGCUUGACUCAGGCCUGGACUCAUAGCCAACCGGCGGGAGCACGGGGUGCCCUUGCGCCGGCUGGGACAGCUGCUACUGUGCCGGCCGAAGCCACAGCCGUGCGCACUCUUUGGCAGUUGCGCAACGAACGAGAUGCACUGACCCACAGGCCACCUGCCUACUGCCUGCGUGCAGCCUUCGCGGCAUGGAGGCUUGAUCAUCAGAUCCGUGCACUUGAGCGCACGGUCGUUACUGAGCGCCGCGCUCGUAAGAAGGCCUUUCUUCUCGAGCAAACCGCUUUGGCGGAGCGGGCGGCGCAGCAGGGCCAGAUAUCUGCAUUGUAUCGUGUGGUGAACCGCCUUGCUCCUCGCAAGGUCAGGACGCGGUUGCAAAUCCGCGAUCCCGAGGGAAACCUUCAGGAUCCCCAGGCGGAGUGCAACACACUGCUGCAAUACUUCAGGGAUCUAUUCGCUUCUUCCAGGGCUUGCCCGACACAGGUCUUCGAUUGCAGUGUUCAGCUUUUCGACUCAAGCAUGUGCACAUCGGCCCUUGAGUCUCUGUCGGCCUUGAAGGCCGCGCAUCCUUCGGCUUCACCUGGAGUCCUAUGGAAGCUUGCUGCACAAGAGGUGGGCCCUGUGCUUAGUGACUGUCUCAAUGCUGCGUUUUCGAACAUACCCCACAUGCUUCCCAUGCCCAUUAGGCGGGUCUCGCUCUGUUUAUUGCCGAAACCCACCAAAAAGUCGCAACAGCCAUCGGAUACUCGCCCAAUCAGCUUAUUAAGCCCGGCCAGUAAAGUACACGCGAUCAUGUUAUCAGAGCUCAUUGCACCGUAUCUCCAACAUUACAUUGCCGACGUCCCUCAGUAUGCAUACGUGAAGGGGCGAUCAACAGUGGAAGCGAUGCACCGUGUGGUGUCACACUUUUAUAGUGUCCGGGCGGCAGCCCCCACCGGAGAGCGCAUGGUACAACGACGACGCGACUCAACCUCCAGAGCUCAAUGCGUGGGCGGGGUCACAUUCUCUUUGGAUGUGGCCAAAGCGUUUGACUCCCUUCCCAGAACGAUGAUUGCUGCUGGUAUGCGUGAUGCCAUGAUACCUGAGCCCAUUGUUCAACAGGUCCUCGCCAUUCAUUCCCAGCUUCUUGUUGAGCUUGAACAUUGUGGCCUCAAAGCCUCUUGUGCCACCUCUCGGGGGGUUCGUCAGGGGUGUCCAUUAUCCCCUGCAUUAUGGGCGCUCGCGACGGGCUAUGUGUACCGCCAGCUACUUGCUGCUCUGGGGCCCCAAGCAUCAGAAAUACUCACCAUUUAUGCUGACGACCUGAUUGCACAGUGGAUGAUUCGUACAUCCUCGGAUCUUACCGACUUCCUUGCUCAACUGCACAAGCUGGUUCAGAUUUUACGUUUUCACGGCAUGGAGGUCAGUGAUGCUAAGAGUGUGAUUCUUUACCAGUUGCAUGGCACACAGGCUGAGCGAACCAUGGGCAAACUUCGGUUCAAAGACAAAGGCGUCUCCAAACUGCGGGUGGCACCCGACUGCGCUUUUCCGGUUGUUAAGAAGCACCCAUAUCUCGGCAUCAUCCUCAGCUACGGAGCCUUGGAAUUUCACAGCAUUACCCACCGGUACCAUCGGGCGGGGCAGCUUUUCUCCAGGCUUCGACAAGUGCUCAGCGCCAGACACAAUCUCAGCCGCCACACCAGGCGGCGAUUGUGGAUGUCGACGGUUUGGCCAUGCCUGAAAUACGGGAUCACAGCACUGCAGCUUGAAACCAAAGACACUGUCAGGAUCCGGGGAAUCGUUGCCCGACACCUUCGCAUUGUCAGUGGACAGCUGUCCAAGGACACGCAUGUGACCACGGAUGCCUUCCUCACCGAGCUGGGUUUUGAUCCAGUUGCACUCCUCUCGAAGGAAGCCGCCACCAACCUGACCCGGUUCAAGGCCCUCGACCGGUCGCUUCAGCUCGAUAGGGUUGCACAGUGGCAUGUCAUUCUUCAGGCCGCGUUCGCACAGCCGCCCGUCGCUGCACCACAGGCGCCGAACACUGCUCCCACAUCCCAGCCGACACCAAAUGCACAACGGACGCACUUCUUGCACAGAGGCGCUCUCAAGAAUGGACCAGAUAUCUCUGAAGCCCACGCUUCGACUGGCACUCAGGCUGCUGCACCGACGCCAGCACAUGCCCCGAAUUCAGGUGCCACUCAGGCUGCCACGUCACUUCAAGAAGUGACCUUGGUUGCUCGCCCAUAUGCUUGCCCUGAUUGUCCGUGCACCUUCGCGAACUCAGGCCUGCUCCAACGCCAUCGGGUACGUGCACAUGGUGCUCAGGCGCAUCGUGAUGUCAAGAAGGCCCUCUCCUCAAUCAAUCAAGUUGAGCAUUCCCUCAACGGUGUUCCCACAUGCAAGUACUGCCUUCGUGAGUUCAAUGGGUGGAGAAAUUUUAACUUGCACAUUCAGUUUGAUAGUUGUGUGCCCAAGCGGCUCAAUGCUGCACAACCUCUUCUGCUGGGGUCUUCGGACCGGGAAGAGGCUCCAUCUUCUGCACCCACAACGGCCGUGCCAGCUUGUGAGACCCUCAGUGAAUGCGCACCUGUUGUGCCCCCGGAGACUGCACCUCCACCCCCCCCUCCCCCUACACCUUUUGCUGCCAGGCUGCUUGACGAGCCCUGCCUGAGAGCGGAGCCCAGGGAACAUCUCAGGCGCUGGCAAAACAUUGCCUCUAAGGCCGAACUGCAUGCUCGCAUGGCUCACAACUGCCCAGUUUGCAAUUUAUGGGCGAACGACGGCAGUCGCAUCAAGAUCCACAUUCGUGCCAAACAUCCUUCGGCUGUGGAUAGGUACAACGUCCAUGUCAGUUCUGUUCACAAGCUUACCGAUGUGCUCCAUGUCGGCAUGCUGAGGGUUGCACGGUCAUUUGGCAGUCGGUCUUCUCUAGUCUUGAUCCCGAUUUACUCCCUAGUCCAAGCCAUGACGAUGGACGUGGACCAGAAGUUGACUCACGACCAAGAGGAGGAGAGAGAGUGGGAGCUUUACACGGCGUUCAUGAACACAGCCAUGAUGACGGCGCCCUCGACGACGCCCAAGCGACCGCUAGAACCCCCAAGCAAGCUUCAGAAGACAGACCCCAGGCAGGGCAAAGGCAAAGGAAAGGGCAAAAAGGGCGGAGGCAAGGGCAAAGGCAGUGCCAACAGCAGUCAGACAAAGGACGAGGAAGUCGCCCAGCUUUGGACCCUGUGCCACAUGAUGAUUCGCCUGAUGGUACGGCACGAGGACUCGAUCAAGACCCUCAUGCUGGACACAUCCUUCGUCAUCUGGAUGCGCACCGGCUUGCCGGGCGGAGUCUCGGAGGCCCUGUUUGCGGUGGCGACCAAGUGGAAGGCCGAUCGGGAGAUCCAAACCAACAUGAAGAAGCUUGGCUUUCUCACCGACGAGGGCAAGUGGAACUUCCUUCGGUGGGACCCGGAUCAGGCCAAGCUGGUCCCGGACACCACUCGCCCACCUUUGACGGCGACGGCGGCGAUCGAGCUGGUGGAGAACGUGAUCCGUCUGGCCACGGACUCCCAGCUGCUGACUCGGUUCGCCCCCACCAGGCCUCUGGCAUCGGAACUCAAGGGCCCAUCGAUCACCUUCCUGGCGUCGGUGUCCAAUCGCUCCACACCGAGCGAUCAAAUGCAUGCCUCCCUCGCGGAGCUCUGCGGCAGCGGCUGCUGUCAGGUGAUCGGCAUGUCCAUCAAACCCGAAAGAUUGACGAGGUCCCCUCUUGCCCAGCAGAUCUACAAGUACCUGCCUGCGCCGCCCCUGCCUUAA